UCGGCGAGCGAGCAGGGCAAAUGAAAAUGACGCGCUACACGUUCAAAUUCUCCAAUCUAAUCGACCGAUCGGUCAUAAACUCGCCUCCAAUCUCUGAAUAAAAAGUAACGUUACACCGUUAAGGGAGCUCGCGUUCUCUCUCUGCGUUUCCAUCCUUUCCCUCACCACUCGUAGUUACCUCUUCGUCUCGUAUACUCCUUUUUACAUGGUAAUUUCUCAAGAAAUUCUUCUCAUUGCGCCUCGUCCCGCCACGAAGACUACGAAACACGCGCGAGAAACGUCUUCGUCGGAAUUCCGUAAGAUCUGAAAUCACAGAACGGAGCUAUACUACUACUACUGCUGUGAACAUCCUGAAAAACUUUGCCUGCGUCGACACGAGAUUGGAAGAAAAAUGAACCCGAUCCGUGAAUUAACAUGGUUCUUAAUUUUGAUGGCUGCAAGUGCAGCACUACCUUCGCAGACGCAAAAUAAUUUUCGAGGUAUUAAAGCGAAGGCGAGGCAGAUCACGCCAACGUUUUUCAGGGAAGAUAAAUCGGCUAGUUUGAUAGGUGAAUCGAGUAGUAGCACCCCUAUUAUCAGAAAUGGAAGUAGAAAUGGAAACGGAAGCGGUGGCGCAAGUGCAAGUGCAAGUGGAAGUGGAAGUGGAAGCAGCAGCAAUAACAACAACAACAUAGAUGUUGAUUUCAACGUCGGAACAGACAACACAGGCAACGACAGCAUUGGCGGCGUUGGCGGUGUGGGAGACGUUGGUUAUGUCGGUUACGUUGGGGAUACCGUGUCGAAGCAAACAUCUCUCGGGGUGCCUGCAACGACGGUCGACGAGCAUCACGCGAUUCCAUCGUGGUUGUCUUCGUCUUCGUUGGCACCGCUAUCGAUGAUACCACUGGUAUCGACGGGUCAACAUUCUUUCGGCGAAACGAUCGAAACGAUGCCGACGACAUCGUUACCAACCUCUUCGAACACUGGCAAGUCGUUCGAAGCAUCGGUAGCAAUGAACAGUACAACGACAACCGUGGGAGGAACCACGGCGCCGACGAACGCGAGUACCGCUUCCAUUGAAACUUCGUCGAGAACUAUUGCCUCCGUCCAAGAGGCGGACGCAUCGUUUGCUUCGAAGAAAGCUACCACGAGCUUCGACAAUAUCACGACUACGCCAGUUUCAAUUUCGGCAAAGGAAACACGGGAAUCGCCUGGAAAAAUUCGACCCCAAAUCAAACUGACCACUAAUUAUAGCAGCCUGCCAGAGACGGGAGUACGAUUACCGGAAGGUGCAAGUGCGGCUCUUGCGAAGCCAACCAAAUAUCACUACUAUCCGCACAAUCAACACAUCUAUUUGUUACCGGAGUGCGCGGUACAACAAGUUUGCAACGCCGUUUACGUUAGGCUGAAUUUUACUCAGCCCCUGUGCGCCUGUCCGGGAAGAUAUCGGGAUCCCUGCAGCGCAUCUCUCGACAGCGACGACCUCCACACCACAGAGCUGGUCACCGACCCACGGACCAAGGCGCUCACUUUGGUAAAGACUUGCGAGCCGGUGGCGGAAAUGCGAGAAUGCAGAACACCGAGAGACUGGUCUCUUCUCGCGUUGCAAAACGUGCGAACCGGAAAGUCUCAUUACCUCGUAAUAUGUCGAUGUCCCGACGCCAAUAUACUCGAAGGUCCUAUGAGCCACGAUCAGCCGACCUAUGCGAGCGUGCCGGGAAUUCGCGUCUACGGAAUGAUGUGCGUACAAGGGAAUAGAAGAGGCCGACCUUUGCGAUACACGCGAAGCAUUCUAGAUCGUACGUACAAAGAAACCGGAGACUACCCCGUGCACAUCGAGAAAGACGAAACGGAAGAACAAUUCAACUUUCCAUGGUACAAAGUGCAACAACUAAUGGAUGCCGCUCUAUGGGAUUAGAUUAAUUUGCUGAACUUAUUCCGAACGUGCAUACAAGAAGAACACAUCGAAACGCGCGCAACUUGCUUAUCGUCUCAUUCAUCGUACUAUUUAUUAAGCAUUUCGCUUCGCUUCCCUUUUCCUCUUUCUUUUCCCACUCCCCUUCUCCUUCUUCUUGUUCUUCUCCUUGCGCUUCUUUGCUUCCUCUCGCUUCUCUACGGUUCACGACUCAUGUUUCUAACUUAUUAUUUAUAAUAUUGCUGUUGCGUACGCACACGCGUACAAAUGGCUCGGACAACGAGUCGUACUCGCAUGUAGGAUCGGGGAUCGAUAAUUAAAUCGGAUCGAGAAGAGGAGCGUAUUCGAGUGUAAAUGUUUUUUUAGUAAUAGAUAGCGAUUCACUGUGAACACAGACACCCUAUACCCAUGCAUCCGAAGCACGCUGCACGCGCCAACAUUUUCACCGAUACAACUUUCAAGAUCUCAUGAAUCGCGAAUGGAAUCGUGAAUGGAAUCGUGAAUGGAAUCAUGCAUGCUCGACCCAACGAUCAUUGCUAAAUCUCGAGUCUGCGAAAAGUUGAACAGUGAUUGGUAUCUAGAACAUCGUAACUAGAACAUUCGUAGCACUCGUAGACCGUUUCAGAUAAAUGCGAGAUAAACGCAGAGAUAAACGCGAAAACGAAAGCACCCAUUCGCCGAAACGCAAAACACCCGCAAUUAUUCACGCGUGCAACUUGUAUACGCUCUAUAUACACGUACAUACGUAUCUUUUUGCGCGGGACGCGUUCUGCGAAACACAUUUUCAGCCACAACAAACUAUAACCUUCGAACAUGGUAAAUUUUUCUCAUAUUUCACGAUGAUUACAUUCAUCCUAUUUUUCUGUAGCCAAACGCUAAAAGGGAAACGAUAGAACUUGGUCAAGUUUAAUCGCGAUACUUUGACAGUCAACAAAACCUUGGGAAGCUGAAAUUCUUGUCGGCUGAGAAACAUAUCGCUACAGUAUAAACUUACGAGCCGGCAAUUUUUUAGAUAAAGAAUCAUCGAACCGCUGAACCUUACACGACGAGCGUGUGACACGCCAGGAACUCGAGAAACUGGUCGUGCCGCUGUCAAAGUAGCACCCUCGUAAAAAUCGAAUAUGGAAAGGGUACCAAAAUUGAACAAAUUAUCGCAUUGCAGCAAAAAAACAAAAGAAAACAGAACAAGAUAAAGGGAAAAGGAAAAUAGAAAUGAUUAAAGAAGGAAGAAUAAAGAAUAAAGAAUAAAGAAACAGGAAAGAAGAAGAAGAAGAAGAAGAAGACAACACCGCGAAACGUAUCGCUAUAUUUCUUUAGAAAAUGCAUCUUUCACUUGACUUACCCAACACGUCCGAAUUGACUAAAACGCUGCAGCUGUACAUCGGAGUAACCAGUCGAGGGUGUCUGAAGUUGAAUGCUCGGCGACAAGCUUCUUUGCAUGCCGACAUUAAAAGUCCACCCACGCGGCCUUGGUUCUGACCGUAAUUUUCACUGUUGACACACGUGUGAUUUUCUAUUAAUCGAUUAAAAUGUUUAAAACCAACUUGAUAUGUACGAAAGUGAUAUAGGAGAGAAAAGAAAAGUGGCAAUAGAAUAUCAAAGAUGAAAAUUAGGUUUAUACCUUUGGCCUUCCUGAAAAAUUUGCCACUUUUUCAGAACAAAACAAACACCCGUCAUUGGCUCUUCGCAUAACGGUCCGGCAAGCGUCGCCAGUUGAAAUCCA